AGUUGCAGAAAGUAAACAAACAAUAAGAAGAUAUUUGUUUGGAUUUAAAUACAUUUAAUUAAUAAAAUUGAAGCUAGUUUUUAUCACUGUAGGAAAGAAGAAACCCGAUUCCACAAUGAUUUUUCGGUUUUCAAAAUCUCUGUUGAAACAAGUUGACACAGUUCUUAGCAGACAUUUGUUUAGUAGUUCUUCUGUUAGAGCUACAUCAGUAAAAAUGAAUGAAAAAUUUCAAGCUCAUCAACAGUCUCUACCGCGGUUGCCUGUACCCCCUCUACAUCCUUCUCUGGAAAAGUAUUUAUUAUCCGUACGCCCCCUGUUGUCAGAAGAGGAGUACCACCACACUGAAAAGAUUGUAAAAGAAUUUGGAGCACCUGGAGGUUUAGGUGUUAAGCUGCAUACCAUGUUAAAAGAAAAAGCUAAAGUUACUGAAAAUUGGCUGUCAGAUUGGUGGUUAGAUUCUGCUUAUAUGGAAUUCAGACAGCCUGUUGUUGUUUACUCAAGUCCUGGCCUUGUUUUUCCAUUGAAAGAUUUUAAUACUGUUGAGAGGCAACUGAGGUAUGCUGCUAGAUUGGUUGCUGGUGCUUUAAAUUAUAAAGAAUUGAUUGACAGCAAUUCCUUGCCCCUUGAUUCAAUGGGCGGCCAACCUCUUGACAUGUCUCAGUAUUCAAAAAUAUUUUCAACUUGUCGAAUUCCUGGGUAUCCAAAAGAUGGCUUAUAUUAUGGUAACUUGGAGGCUGAAAAGCCGAAACACAUUGUAGUUGCUCAUAAUAACCAUUAUUUUGCUGUAGAUGUGUAUGGGAAUGAUGGAAAACCUUUAAAUGAAAGUCAACUUUUAGCUCAAUUUAAGAUCGUUCUUGAGCAAUCAGUGUACCCAAAAUGUCCAAUUGGAGCUCUAACAACUUUACACAGAGAUAACUGGGCUAAAGCAUAUAAAAGAUUACGAAAAUAUGAUAGUAAAAACAAGUUUUCUCUUCAAAAAAUUCAAACAGCAAUAUUUCUUCUGUGCCUUGAUAAAGCUGUGCCAGACGUAGGUGCACUAAAUAGAAAAACUCAUGUAGCUUUGCAGACUAUUCAUGGGGGUGGAGUUAAAGGAAAUGCUGGAAACAGAUGGUAUGAUAAAACAAUACAGUUCAUUGUAGGUGAAGAUGGUGUUGUUGGUUUAACUUACGAACAUAGUCCAGCAGAAGGACCACCUAUAACCAGUAUGAUGGACCAUAUUGUAGACUACAUUGAACGCACAAAAGGUAAUAAGUGGCUGCCUUCAUCUGCAAUUAAUGAACCUCAGAAAUUGAGAUUUAGACUUUCUGAUGAAACAAUGGAAGAUAUAGCUGAAGCAGAACGAGAUUUAGACAAUAUUGUAACUGAUUUGGAGAUGUCAUGCUUUACGUAUGAAGCAUAUGGAAAAGAUUUUGUGAAAUCUCAAAGGUUAAGUCCGGAUAGCUUCAUUCAAAUGGCAAUUCAGCUUGCAUUUUACAAGAUCCAUAAUGAAAUAGCUGCUACUUAUGAAUCUGCUUCUAGUCGCAAAUUUUUGCAUGGCAGGACAGAAACUAUACGCUCAGCUUCUAUGGAAGCACUGGACUUCUGCAAAUUAAUGACAGACAAAGUUACAGCCGCACACACAAAAGCUGCAGCAUUACGUUCUGCUGUUGAUGCACACAAAGAGUACACAAUGCAGGCUAUCAAUGGAUUAGGAAUUGACAGACUGCUCUUAGGACUCAGGAAAGUGGCAUUAGAAAAUGGAAUGAAUGUCCCAGACCUAUUUUUAGACACAGGAUAUACAACUAGUACUCAUUUCAAAUUAUCAACUAGUCAGGUGCCAUCAAAAAUAGAUGCCUUUAUGUGUUAUGGACCUUUAGUACCAGAUGGUUAUGGUUGCUGUUAUAACCCAAGACCUACAUCAAUAAACUUUGGUUUGUCCGCCUGCAACAGCAGUCCAGAGACACACUCUAGCAAAUUUAUGAAUGCUCUAAUCGAAAGCUUAACUGAAAUGCAUGAUGUUGUUGUUCAAUCCCAAAAAGCAAAACUAUGAAUUUUUUUUUUCUUUUCCCUUUUUACAAUUGUUGAAAAAUUUAGAGUAUUCACUUAUAUAACUUUAUAAAAGAUUUGUUUUAAUUA